AUGAUUAAUGAAUAUACAUCAGCGUGUGCCGAGCAGGGAGCGCUGCGCCCGCGUGUGCCGGGACCGGGACCGGGACAGGGAUGGGGAGCGGGGCCGCGCCGCUGCGGGUGCUGCUGGACAUGGACGGGGUCCUGGCCGAUUUCGAGGGCGCGGUGCUGCGCGGGUUCCGCGCCCGCUUCCCGCGGGAGCCGCGCGUGGAGCUGGCGGAGCGCCGCGGGUUCUCGGUGCGGGAGCAGUACCGCAGCCUGCGGCCGGACCUGGCGGACAAGGUAGCCAGUGUCUAUGAGUCACCUGGCUUCUUCCUCGACUUGGAUCCCAUUCCAGGAGCCCUGGAAGCUGCGCAGGAGAUGCUCCACAUGCAGGACACUGAAGUCUUCAUUUGCACGAGCCCUCUGCGGAAAUACGAGCACUGCAUCGUGGAAAAGUAUAAGUGGGUUGAGAAACACUUGGGACCCGAGUUUGUGGAGAGGAUUAUUCUGACCCGAGACAAGACCGUGGUGGCUGCUGACCUGCUGUUUGAUGACAAGGACACCAUCCAAGGCGCAGAGCCGAAGCCGAGCUGGGAGCACAUCCUGUUCACCUGCUGCCACAACCGGCACGUGCAGCUGCCGGCCCCGCGCCGGCGCCUGCGCUCCUGGGCCGACGACUGGAAGGGCAUCCUGGAGAGCAAGCGCAGGAAAUAGCGCAGGAAGGGAAUGCUGUGCCCUUCCCACUGCCAGGGCACCAGCCCAGCCCCUGCCGUGCCCAGCACCGUCACUGCAGGGAUCAGCCACAGUGAGAAAUGAGCUGCCCCUGUCAGACACAGCGCUCUGGAAGAUUGCUCUACACUCAGUAAUCUCUGUAGUGUUUUGGAUGUUUGCUGUUGGAGAAGAGAAACUAUAAACUACAAACAGCUGUGGUUGGA